AUGGGUGAGGGAGAGAGUGAGAAUCUAACUCCUGGAUGUCUGAUUUUCCCCGAGUAACUGAGACUCUGGGGGCCCCCAGGAGACCAUCCAAAACCACUACUGCCCACAAGCCAUCAGGGUUUCUCUGUGAGACUCCUGAACAGUUGGGCCCAGCUGCCCCGAUCCUUGUUGGAGGACCAGGAAGCCGGCCGUAAGCUGCAGCACUCUCGCUGCACUCACCAUGAGAAGGGGUUGACAGUUCGGGUUCAAAAAGAUAAAAAGUGUAACUUUCCUGUGCAGAUUGAGGGUCCGGCCUCAGAGCCCAGUGAAACCCAAGGCUCACUCAGGCCAGGGAAAACCACCCCAGCCUGAUUGGGCUCUCAGCUUGGUUCCAAAAGGCCCCACAAGGCCCCACAGAGCUCACAGAGGCAUGAGAUGGGCUGUAACAGCAGAGGCUGGAGCUCAGCUCUCCAACCACCGCCAUCCACUUUGGCUCCUUUGUUCCUGAAGGAAGCUGUUUCACACCCCCAUAGCUUUGCCCAUGAUGUUCCUUCAUUCUGUAGAGCCCCCACCCGGCUCAUACAAAUCCUCUGUCCACUUAGAUAAUACACACUCAGCUGUCAGGAAUCAACACAAAGAUCACCUCCUCCAUGAAGCCUUCUCUGAUUCUCCCCUUCGUGUUCCCACAGGGUCCUCCACCGACUUGGACCACAGAUUCAUGACUUGUUAGAGCCCAGGUUCCCAAAUCUGGGGGUGCAACAAAAUUACCUGCAGACUUAUUUAUAAAAUAAAAAAAACAGAUUUCUGGACCCAAGCCUGUUACACAAAGGGGUUUGGGAAGGACUGCUAUUUCCAGCAAGCUACAGGCUGUCUACAUCUCAGGAGUCGGUCACAGGACAGCUCUUGGGACUAGGGGAACCUGCAUUGACCUGUUUCACCAAUCAGCCUAUUCUGAAAAAUUGAAAGUUGCUCAAGGUUGAUUCAAGGGUGGCAGCGGCUCCAGAGGCAGCAGUGCCGGGUCCCCAUGGAGGUGCUCCUAGAGCUGUUUUCCUGGAGCAGUGGAAGUUCUGACCGCAGGGUCAGGACCGAUCAGGUUUGUGUUCUCACCACAGCGCAGGGGCCAGUUCGGUUCCUGUUCGUGCCCUGAGAUCUCCCUCAUCCCCCUGAGUUUCAGGAAAAUGGCUGAAGCUAGUAAGCCCAUGAUGAAGAAAGCUCCAAAAUCUGUUCCUUUGGAGAGGAAUAAGAGAGAAAAGGAACAAUUCCGUAAACUCUUUAUUGGUGGCUUGAGCUCUGAAACCACAGAAGAAAGUCUGUGGAACUACUACCAGCAAUGGGGAUAUCUUACAGACUGUGUGUUAAUACGGGAACCUGUAAGCCAAAAAUCAAGAAGAUUUGGUUUUGUCACGUUUUCAUCCAUGGCUGAGGUUGAUGCUGUCAUGGCUGCCAGACCUCAUUCCAUUGAUGGGAAAACGGUUACACCCAAACGUGCUGUCCCAAGAGAGGACUAUGGAAAGCCGGGGGCUCUUGUCACUGUGAAGAAGCUGUUUGUUGGUGGAAUUGCAGAAGAUACUGAGGAACAUCAUCUUAGAGAUUACUUUGAGAAAUAUGGAAAAAUCAAUGCCAUUGAAAUAAUUACUGAUGGGCAGUCAGGCAAGAAAAGAGGCUUUGGGUUUGUUGCUUUUGAUGACCAUGAUCCCGUGGAUAAGAUUGUGUUGCAGAAAAAUCAUACCAUCAAUGGUCAUCAUGCAGAAGUAAGAAAGGCCUUGUCUAGACAAGAAAUGCAAGAAGGCCAAUGUUCUAGAAGUGGAAGAGGAAGAAACGCUGGUUUUGUAUAUUUUCAUGGUGGUGGGGGAAAGUUUGGAGCAGGAAAUUUUGGAGGAAGGAACUUUAGAGGAGGAUCUGAUGGCUACGGAAGAGGACAUACAUUUGGGGAUGGCUAUCAUGGGUCUGGAGGUGGCAAUUUGGGGGUUAGCCCUGGUUAUGGAGGAGGACGAGGAGGAUAUGAUGGUGGAUAUGGCAACCAGGAUGGGAGCUCCAGAGCUGGUUAUGACAACUAUGGAAGAAGAAAUUAUGGAAGUCAAAAUUACAGUGAUUUGGAGAAUUAUAAGCAGAAACCCUCUAAGUACGAAUUACUGAAGAGUGGAAAACUUAGUGGCAGCAGGAACAUGGGAGGAUCAUAUAGUGGAGGAAACUAUGGUCAAAGAGGCAGUGGAGGAAGAGGGGGUUGCACAGAGCCAUUUUGUGAGCGGACUCAAUUAUGUAAGAACAUUACCUUCCUGUGGAGGAAAGGCUAUAAAAAAUGCUUUUGAAACAGUUUCUUAGCUUUUGAAUUGUUGUGUCUUUCCAGUGGUCUCUAUAAAAGUGUGGAAGCAUCCCUUCUUUGAUAAUGUCAAAUUUCAAAGUUUUGGGUGACAUGUGAAACCUUUUUCAAGAUUUUUCUCAAAGUUUUGAAAGACUAUUAGCCAGAACCAUGGUGUAAUAAGACAUAACAUCAUUCUUCUAAAAAAAAAUCUAUUUCGUGUGUAGAGUUAAGAAGCUGUUGUACAUUUAAGAUUUAAUAAAAUAAUUCUAAAGGUAAAACAG